AGUUUAUAAUCUUGUAUAAGAUAACAGCCAACAUGUAAUGUCUUUAAAGAAUUAUAGUUGUCCAUUAAUUACUUUUAUAAUAUAAUAAUUAGUAAUAAAUCAAAAUUCAAAAAAAUUAUCAAUGACUGCAUCUUCAGCAGCAGCUGCUGCUGCAGCUUCACUCGAAGAUUUAGAAACACAACUUGAAAUGUUUGUCGAAAACGUACGUCAAAUACGGAUAAUAGUUACAGAUUUUCAACCUCAGGGCCAAACAGUGUUGAAUCAAAAAAUUCAAAAUGCAGUUCAAGGCUUACAGGAAAUUAAUAAACUAAAAUCAGCUGUUCAAGAUAUUCAUGUACCUUUAGAAGUUUUUGACUAUAUUGAUCGCGGUAGAAAUCCACAAUUAUAUACAAAAGAUUGUAUUGAAAAAGCUUUAAACAAAAAUGAACAGGUUAAAGGAAAAAUUGAUGCACUUAGAAAAUUUAAAGCACAGAUGCUCGCUGAUCUUGGUCAUGCUUUUCCUAAUGAAUUAACAAAAUACCGUGCUUUACGAAGCAGUACUAUAGGUUCUACUGGUAGUAGUGGAUCUGGUGGUGGAAACACUAGUACUGGAGGAUCUACUCCUGGCAUUGGAGUUGGACUUGGUAAUUAUGGAAGUAAUGUAGUUGGAUCUGGUUAUGGAACAUCUAAUCCACAAACUAGUUUACCACCACCUUCAUCCUCAUCAAACAGUUUGAAUCCGGGGUCAUCGUUAUCAAUGGGAAUGGUAUCAUCCCAGCAAUUUAAUAGUAGUAAUUCUUCAGCAUUAUUAAUGAAUAGUAAUUUAUCUCUUAGCCAAACACAACAGAAUCAAUCACAAUCAAUCAUUAUUGAUGGCCAAUCUAUUGUGUCAUCUGGUUCUGGAGGAUCAAAUAACAUUGGAAUAAAUAUGUCAAGUGUAUCGGGUCAAUAAACUAAUAGUUAACCAAAUUUGUAUAAUAAAAUUUUAUAUCAACUACAAAAAAAAAUUCUUGUAUUAUUUAGUAUAAAUAAUGAAAUUAUUGUUUGUAAAUGUAUUAAAAAAAGUUAAUAAUUAGAAUUAUGAUAUUGAUAAUUAAAAAAAUAACUAAGUUUUUUA